UCCCCAUAAAAUGGUUAAAUCUUAAUUUUUCAUCGUGCCACUUAUGAAAGUUUUCUUCUCUCGCAUUACCAACGUUAAGGAUCCACUCUCUCUUCAUCACCAGAAAGAACACAUCUCAUCCGUCGCAUAUUCCACCCACCGAAGAAAACAACAACGGCCACCAUUGUUUGGUCGUAAUCUCUCUCGACAACCUCAAUCAAAAGCCUUCUUCUGAUCAAGGUCAAGGUUCCUUGGCAGAACGCUUUAUCUAUCAGGUUUGUGAUCAUUUGGUUUGGUUUCUGACAUUUCUCUUGGUUAAUUAAUUCGAAUAUCUAACACGAAAUAUUUCAGAUGGAGAGCAUAACGAAGUGGGACUUGGGAUCUCUCCGAACGUAUUACUCCGUUGAACCUUGUGAGAAGUUUCAAGAAGACGAGUUUUUAGACAUUAGCCUCGUUCCUCGACUUCAAGCGGAGUUAUGGAAGGCUCAAUCGAGAAUCAGAGAGCUUGAGGCUGAAAAGUUUGGGUCAGAGGAAAAUAUUAAAUGUUUCUCCAGACAUCAAAGAAAUGAAAGAGAAGAAACCAGUGAUCCAUUUGUUGAUUACUUGAAAGAAAAGUUAAGCAAAAAGAGUGAAGAAAUGAAAAGAGUUAAAGCUGAGAAUUCUAGGUUAAAGAAGAAGAUUUUGGACAGGGAAUCAUCAGUGAAUCGGUUGAGAAGAGAAAGAGACACAAUGGAGAAGGUGUGCGAGGAACUGGUGACGAGGAUCAAUGAAUUGAAGGUGAAUACUAGGAGGAUGUGGGACGAAACAGAGGAGGAGAGGCACAUGUUACAUAUGGCUGAGAUGUGGAGGGAGGAAAGGGUUAGGGUUAAGUUCAUGGAUGCAAAACUUGCCUUGCAAGAAAAGUAUGAGGAGAUGAAUUUGUUUGUGGUUGAGUUAGAGAAGUGUUUGGAGACGGCGAGAGAAGUAGGAGGAAUUGAGGAUAAGAGGUUGAGACAAGGUGAAGGUUUGAUAAAGAUGGCCAGAUCUAUGGAAGCUGAAGACAAUAAGAUUGAUUUUGGGAGAUUUGAGUUUGUGUCUGAUGAAGAUAAUGUUUAACACAACACUAAUGGUCUUGCAAGAAAAGUAUGAGGAUUACACCAAAAAAAAA